AUGAAGCUCCUCACACUCCUCAUCCUCUCUAUUCCCCUCUCCCUUGCAGACACCUCAAAAGACACACACCUCCAGAACAGUAACAACGUCGAAAACACCCAAACCAUCGACAACCAGGCCAGACAUUACAGCUUGGACAACAGGCCACAAAGGGACGAGAUGUACAAACACCGUCGGGAUAAUCCGUACAUGGACGGCGAGAGGUACCCGCUCCGACGGCGCGGUAAGCUCGACUGGUUUGUUGUGCGGAGGGAAGACGAGUGA